AUGACAUGCCCUCGCAAUGUAACUCCCAACUCGUACGCGGAGCCCUUGGCCGCGCCCGGCGGAGGCGAGCGCUAUAGCCGGGGCGCAGGCAUGUACAUGCAGUCGGGGAGUGACUUCAACUGCGGGGUGAUGAGGGGCUGCGGGCUCACGCCCUCGCUCUCCAAGAGGGACGAGGGCAGCAGCCCCAACCUCGCCCUCAACACCUACCCGUCCUACCUCUCGCAGCUGGACUCCUGGGGCGACCCCAAGGCCGCCGCCUACCGCCUGGAGCAACCUGUUGGCAGGCCGCUGUCCUCCUGCUCCUACCCACCUAGUGUCAAGGAGGAGAAUGUGUGCUGCAUGUACAGCGCGGAGAAGCGGGCCAAGAGUGGCCCCGAGGCAGCGCUCUACCCCCACCCCCUGCAGGAGUCCUGCCUCGGGGAGCACGAGGUGCCCGUGCCCAGCUACUACCGCGCCGGCCCCGGCUACCCCUCCGCGCUGGACAAGCCGCCCCACUGCGCCGCCGGCACCAACGACUUCGAGGCCCCCUUCGAGCAGCGGGCCGGCCUCCACCCGCGCGCCGCCGAGCAUCUGGAGUCGCCCCAGCUCGGGGGCAAAGUGAGUUUCCCCGAGACCCCCAAGUCUGACAGCCAGACCCCUAGCCCCAGUGAGAUCAAGACCGAGCAGAGCCUGGCGGGCGCCAAAGGCAGCCCGUUGGAGAGCGAGAAGGAGCGGGCCAAACCCGCCGCCGACUCCAGCCCGGACACCUCGGAUAACGAAGCAAAAGAGGAGAUAAAGGCAGAAAACACCACAGGAAAUUGGCUGACAGCAAAGAGCGGAAGGAAGAAGAGGUGCCCCUAUACUAAGCACCAGACGCUGGAAUUGGAGAAGGAAUUUCUGUUCAAUAUGUAUUUGACGCGAGAGCGCCGCCUGGAGAUUAGCAAGACCAUUAACCUUACAGACAGACAAGUCAAAAUCUGGUUUCAAAAUCGCAGAAUGAAACUCAAGAAAAUGAACCGAGAGAAUCGGAUCCGGGAACUGACUUCCAAUUUUAAUUUCACCUGA